GUAGGUUCCCACUUGACUGGACAGAAGCGAAUGAAUGGGUCUUUAGCUUUUCCUUUAUUUUAAUGGAUGAUUUACGGGUUUUAUAGGUGUUAUAAGUGUCAGUUUGUGCUUUUAUGGCAAGCUUUAGCGAGGCGACUGUAAAUAAUAUUUAUAUCUAUCGUUAUUAGCUCGCUCAGCCAAUGAAAAAAGGCCACGGUUAAUUUGUGCAGCAUUUAGGGCAAUAAAAAAAGAAUCACGGUAUGGAUUAUGAAGAAAAGGCCAAUUCUGUUGCUGAUCGUCUUUUAAGCUACAGGAAAGAUGAGUCCGGCUGGAAAAUCUGUAAGAAAACGAAUGAUGUUGUUGUUUAUUGGCGACCUUCAUCUGAAUUCCCUGGAAACGUAUAUAAGGGAGAGGGGAUAGUCAAUGGCAGCCCACAAAAAGUCUGGGAGUGUUUAAAACCAGAUCCAAAUGGGCUUCGUCUCAAAUGGGACAACAAUGUGAAGAAGUUUGAGCUGCUGGAACAAGUUUCUACAGACAUCACGGUAUGCAGAACUGUUACUCCCUCUGCUGCUAUGGGUGUUAUAUCCCCACGAGACUUUGUAGAUGUUAUUUUAGUCAAGCAAUAUGAAGACGGCACGAUUACAUCAAACGCAACUCAUGUGAGCCAUCCAACAUGUCCUCCUCAGCCUGGCUACGUACGCGGCUUUAAUCAUCCAUGCGGCUGCAUCUGUGUGCCUGUACCAGGGGAAGCAGGUAAAACCCAGCUCAUCAGCUUCUUCCAGACGGAUCUUGGAGGUCUGCUUCCUCGUUCCGUCGUGGAUUCGUUCUUCCCCGGCAAUAUGACUGAGUUUUACACGAACCUCACUAAAGCUGUUAAAUCCCUCAAAUAGCACUAAAGGCACUUUCUCUAGAAUGUCCAGUUCCAUAAGUGUUCAACAAAAAGGGAUUUUCUGAUCCUCUAUGUGUUUCCCAGUGAGCACCAACUGACCAUUAUUGAUUCUGACAAAUUGAAGUAAGCCCUGGCUCAGGCCUUGAUCUGACCUCGAAAGAAUAUGUCCUGUUUAGUCCAUUUUAAUAUUGAUCUCUUGCAUGUGUGACCAAAAGAGCUGUAUUUUCCGAAAUCAUUCAUUUGAGCUGAAAAGUCUUCUAAACAUUGUUGUGCUCACUGGGUUCACAUUUAGUUGUCAUAGUUUUAAAAAAAAAAAAAAUAAUAAUAAUCUAAUAUAUUUUCAAAAGGUUUUCAGAAGAGAAAAGUAACAGCUGCUUAGAAAUGACAGCAAAAUCACACACAAAAUCAUAACCUUCACUGAUCGUACAAUGCGGUUAACUGUCUUAAACUAUUUGGAACUGGAAAGAAGCUAAGCAACAGACAGGCUAAGCAGACGAACAGGGAGUGCCUGGUUACAUAUUCCAAACCUUUUUACGUUACAUUUUUUUCCAAAUACUUAAAAAGAUAUAAUAAGGGAAGUGAUCACUUAUUUUUUUUUAUGUUUUUCAAAAAUAGUUCAAAUUUGGUAAUAUAUACUUUGCAUUACUGUCUAUCUAGCCAGCAUUUUAUUUUAUUUUAUUUUUUUUAGUCUCAUGAUUUAUACAUCUAAUCUUAAUCAAAGUUUUUGAAAAUAACUUCUAAUAAUUUCUCCCUAAAACCUCACAGCUCCACAGAUUCCCCGUAUUACUGUAGUUGGCCAUGCUUGACUCAAGUGGUACUUAUUUUAUUCCUCUUGCUUGUAAUGCUCAAGUGAGAAUUUUUAGUAGUCUUUUAUUCAAAAGGUCAGAGCAAUUUCAGUUUUGUUUUCAUUUUUGGGGCUGAGUGCAGCACAGCUGUGGUGGAGGAAAUGAAGCAAAUUCCAGCAUGAGCAUAAGUGUCUUAAAAAUCUCACUUUACAUGCAAACUGGGAUUGUGGGUAAUAAUAGAAUUACACACAUGGCACGAGCUAAAGAAGCUAAGCAGUGAGGUUCACUGGUCGUAAAUGACUUCAUCAUAUUAUAAAAGCAUUGCAGAGAAAAAGUAAUAACAACAAAUUGCUUAAAUUGCCAUUUAUAGAUAAAAGCACAAACGUGGCACAAGCAGGAAACAGCACAAAUAUCAAAUCACCAGCAUUCUCAACAGCAUGCUGGUCUACCUAUUACUACAUAAAUAUUCACAUUUCAGAGAGCUUAACCUACUUGGGAACAAGUUAAAGUCAUUGUGCUUAUCUGUGAAUAGGAUGCUGAAAACAUAUUAAGGUUACAAAGUGAGUGAAAAUUCCAAGAUACUAUACUGCUAAUAGAAACUAGACUACUAAUAAGAAAUCUGAUAUUGAUCCAGACAUUUGCAUCACUAUGAAUGUCCCAGAUCACAUACUUAUGCACUUUGUAGCAUAGAUAGCAUGAGCAAAAUUCCAACAAGAAGAAUUGCACUUAAAGUACUCUGAUGAUCUACCGAUUCAAAUCAGAAAAAUAUUUUUUGUAUCUUUGCUUGCGUAGUAGAAAAGAGAUGGGGCUACCAGGCGCUGAUGCUGGAUGAGAAAACUUUCAAGAUGGCCGACAAUCCUUCUGUGGACAAGACAUCUUACAAAUGUCUAUUACGUUUGCCCACACUGUGUGAUUUAUUUUCCAACAUUUUAAAAAUUCAGCGUUUUCUGGUAAAGCUAGCAGCAUCGUGUUUGACGUCAUUUGGGUUCCAAGUUCCAUUUGAGACGUUACUCUCCUUAUAAAAUUUAUACACUGGACAUCAGAGAACAUAGUGCACAGUAUAUAGUGUAAAUGCAUAGUGUAUAAUAUGUCAUUUGGGACACAGCUAUUGUACCUGGUCAAGGCUUGUUAGGUUUUCCUCCAUGGAAGAGGUUUCAAGACAGACUUGGCUUCUUUGGAAUAAUAUGACUUGUUCGUUUUGAUUAGCUGAGGGAACAGUUGUUUGUAGCUGCUACAACAAAAGUUUCGCACACAUUUCAUAAGAUUAACCUCAUAGAGAAAGUAGGACAUUGUUAUUGAAUUAAUUUGAAAACUGACUUAAGAGAAAUGAAACAUUUAUGAAGUGAAGUGCUGUUAUAGGAAAAAAAAACAGUUUAGUGCUUAUUAGGCCACAUCACACCAUGACACUUGACUAUUUUCCUAUAGGAGUACAUCACACUAUGUUUUAUUUCUUAUGAUUAGCUAUCAAAGGCAAAGUUCCCUAUCAUAAACUGAGGAAGAAAGCCUGUUUCUUUAUAAGAGUUACUUUUCUAUUCUGUACUUUUGAAAAUAACAAAAGUCUUGGUAUAAAAUAAGGAGGCACCAGUUUGAUGCUGAGUAUCGAUGUCAGACUGAAGAUGUCCUGAAUCAUUGGACUGGAAUCAGAUCCCAUUUGCUAUUCUACAAUCUUAAAACGUUAGGAUCUGAUGUUUGAAACAUUCCAGAAACGUGUGACGUCACCUGACACAAACACAAAUCUUGCACAUGUGCGUGCCUGUGAAAUAUUGCAUCGCUUACCAACAGAAGCUCACAGAGUCGAUAUGAUUUCUGUGAGGAUGACACUCGUCAUGAGGUUGUCAUCAUUAGCUGAAAGAACUUGAAGCUAACAGGGUGUCGCAACAGCUACACUUUUUAAACACCUUUUACUAUGUACAUAGUCACUAUGGGAGCAGUAAUGAGAUAGCAGCUCUGAUAUGGGGGAAAAAAAACGGGAUGUGUGAAUCCCUGGUACAAAACCAUUUUUUUUACUUCUACAGAGAAAAUAGUGCAAUAUGACAAUUUUUAUGCAAUUAUUAGACCCCAAGUGUGUUUCUGCAGGUUGGAUUCAAGCAUGAGACUGUCAGAUGGAGAGACAUUUUAGGAGAUGUAAGAAAUUGAUUUCUUCAAGUUUCAGUUGUCAAAUGCAGUUGUUAAAUUUUUUACUAAUUAUUAGCAUUCUAGGUAUAAGAGAAUGUUUAUGUAAUGCGCAUAUCUUUAAAGUUGCUUUUCUUUAACAUAAUUUAUUUGACCAAUUAAGGUUAUCUGUGAAAUCUCACCGAUAAAGUGUCAGGUUGCUAUGUAACAUUAUAACAGCCAUAACAUUAACAUAACCACUGACAGGUGAAGCGAAUAACAUUGAUCAUCUGGUUUCACUGGCAUCUGUCAUGGAGUGGGAUAUUAUGAACAGUCAGUUAUCAAAGUCAAUGUGUUGGAAGCAGGAAAAAUGGAUAAGGAUCUUUGACCGGGACCAAAUUGUGAUGGCUAGAUGACUGGGUCAGAGCAUCUUCAAAACAGCUGAUCUUGUGGGUUAUUCCCUAUAUGCAGUGGUUAGUACCUACCAAAUGUGGUCCAAGGAAGGACAACCAGUGAACUAGCAACAGACUAGCACCCUGGGGUCAUUGUCUGAAAGAAGAGCUUCUGUAGCACAAUUUGCUGAAAACGUUAAUGCUAGUAAUGAUAGAAAGGUGUAAACACACACAAUGCAUGCAAUGCAAUUUGCAGCAAAUGAGUCUGAUGCAUCGAGGUCCUACUAAUUUACAGGACUCAAAGAAUCUUCUGCUAAUGUAUUGGUACCAGAUAUCACAGCACACCUUCAGAGGUCUUGUGGAGUCCAUGCCUCAACGGGUCAGAUAUUUUAGUGCACAAUAUUAGGCAGGUGGUUUUAAUGUUAUGGCUCGUUCAUGUAUAUACACACUGGACAUUAUCACACACAUCCAUAAAAUCUGAUGUGCCAUAAAACUUGAAUCCAGCCAACGUAUGAAGUCCAGCAUAGCUUGGUUAGCUCUACAGAACACUAACCCGUGCUCGACUCCAAACAUGCAGUCACACAAAUGGGGUCAAAACGGCUACUCGUUAGUUUUUAGAAAACAUACUCUGAACACCUCAUAUUUUAAUUUAGUACUGGCCAAUUCCAGUUUUUCAGUUACUUUUAUAUUCCUUCUGAACUGAUUACCUCAAUUUUCAAUCGUGUCUGACAUUCCUGUUCCCUGGCUUUAAUGCUAGUUGUACCCCGUAUGUGCCUGCUGUAUUUUUUUGGUGUCUGCAUGCCUAGUCAUAUUGAACGAGUGGAAAGAAAAUGACAUGCAAAUGAGUUACAGCUGAAACAUUUUCUGUAGGUGUUACUGGCUUUAUUCGUAUUUUAUAAGAACGGGAAUCUUGUACAGAGAUAAUAAAGGGAGGAUUAACAUGAUUCCCAAACAUUACACUGUAAAGAUCUAAAGGCAACAUACACAAUAGUCAGGAAUUACACUGUGAUGUUUACAUACUGUUGGAAAGCUUGAAACUUGAUGGAAAGUUGCACAAAGGGACUAAAUGCUGUUUGUGGGUGUAUUCUGCUGCAAAGUGCAUGUGUGUAUGUGUGUGUGUGUGUGUGUGUGUUUCUCUGUUUCGUGUCUUUAGUGUUCCAUUCAAGAAGCAUGACUGUGUGUUGCUCAUUGAUGUUAAUUAUCCUGAAUGCAUGUCCAUUGGCUAGAAACGUGUUUGUUGGUCAUUUGAAUGAGGCAUUAUCUCCAGUGCCUGAAUCAUUUAAAAUUAUGGAUAUUUUAAUUUUGGGGUUGGGAAUAGAACAAUUUUAUGUUUUUUUUUUCUGAACAUGUGAAAAUAAUAUUUUAAAAUAUAUGAAUGAAUAUACUUAUGUUUAGUAAUUUGAGUAAUUUUACAUUUAACUACUGCUGGAAUCAGUGUCUCAGCUGCUGCUGCUACUGAUGAUGAUGGUGAUUAUUAUUAUUAUUAUUAUUAGUCAGAAUUACACAAUUUUCCUUAGCCCAAAUGUACUCAAACAGCCAAACAAUGUUUGAUGUCUGAUAUUUCCUAAUUUAAUUUUAUGUAAUUAAAUUUUUUAUUUAAAUUUUAUAAUCUAAUGUACUUUAUCUUGCUCCAAAUGUCUUACCACAACUAUAUUGUCUUACAGUAAUAUUCCAUAACUUCAUACACUUGCUCUAGAUUUUUUGAGCUAAAUAUUCCUAAAUCAUUGUCAGUUGAAUUAAAGGAAGAUUUUUAAAGAUAUGAUUUUACUUAACUGCCCCUGAGGCUCUGAACUGCUGAUCAGAAGAUCCUGGGAUCUUCAUAUCAUGGAACUGCCUAAACUCCAAUGCAAUUCUCUUAUUCCUGUUCAGCUCUAUGUUUAGACUAGACUUUGGAUAAAAGCUUCAACCAAAUGAAUAAACAUCAGUGAUUAUUCCAGAUUUGAUUUCUUCAGUAUUCUUUAAAGUCUUUGUUGAAUAGAUGUUGGAAUGAGACAAAAUGCCUUUACUGUACUGUUUGCCUAAAUACAAAACAGAGCCCUUUAUGUAAUCCCACACAAUGUAUUCCACCAGCUUCCAAUGAAUAAACGAUGACCUUCUAGACCA